UCAGAAUACUCUACUCGUCGUAAAAAGGUACAGGCCGACUACUUUAUGAUUAAUACUAUCAGUUAGGCGUACGUGUUGAGGGUAUAAAGUAAUACUGGUAAUAUAAUUUAUAAAAGGUAGAUAACUAUAAUUUUCGAGUACAUCUAAAAAUGUCUCUUGAAAAAGUUAAGGUACAUGCUGAAUCAGUAGAAGAAGAGGAAGAGGAAGAAGAACUCGUAGACCCUGGCGAGACUCUUAAGGCUGAAUGUGCUCAGGAAGCUAAAUGUGUUGCCCUUCAAGCGAGGAUGGACGAAUGCACCAAUAGGGUGAAUAACACGGAAGGCACUGACGAAACCUGUGUGGAAGAACUGUUUGAUUUUUUGCACUGCGUAGAUCACUGCGUUUCCAAGUCACUUUUUAAGUAUUUGAAAUAGACAAAGCUUAAAAGAAAAAGAAA